AUGGUCAAAGCUACCUCUCUCGACUUGUCAUUGAAUGACAUUAUCAAGAACAAAAAGAAGACGAAAAUUGUCAGGAAGUCUACAGGAGGCAUCAAGAAGAGAAACAGCGUCGGCGGUGCCGGAUCGGCCGCCACAACUCCGCGUCGUCGAAGCGCAGGAGUCAAGAAGGCAGUCCGCAAUCCCGUCCGCAAUCCCGUCCGCAAGGCAGCCCCGAAAACCAAUGGUUUGUGACAAGCGUUGCGAACACAGAACGAAUACGAAUCGAAUGGAUUUCAGACAAGAGAACAGUCCGAAUCAACUUGUCUAAUCUGGCGCCAACGGUUGUUUCGACCGAUCUGCGCGAGUUGUUCGGCGAAUUCCAACUCCGUGCAGUUCACGUCAACUUCGACGAGAGAGGAACUCCGCUUGGAACCGGAGACAUCUCGCUCUCCAAGGUCAAUGCCGAUCGUCUCGUGCAGAAAUACGCUGGUGUUGCUCUCGACGGGAAGGUUUGUGAAAGUGAGAUCCCGUUUUCAACUGAAACAUACUCUUCAGGUGAUGCAAUUCGCCAUCAUUGACACUGCGGCGUUCGUCGCCGCCACUCCAGAGGCCAAGAAAGCUGCACCACUCAGAAAUUUGGCCGGAAACGGGCGCAAAGUGAACGCCAAAUCGCCGAAAGCUGCUCCAGCUGGAAAUGCAAAGAAGAGGCCGUUGAAGAAGAAGCCAACGAAGGAGACGAAGUCGAAGAAGACAGCCGAAGAGCUGGACGCCGAACUGGACGCCUACAUGUCCCGACAGGCGUAA